UCCGACUCCAGCAAACAUCAAAAGCAUCAAAAUCCCAGAAACAAGCGCUCUCUCGCUCUCUCUCUCUCUCUCUCUCAAGCCACUCGAGUCAUUCUUCAGAAAAUAAGGAAAGAAAGAAAAAUGAGCAAAGAGUGCUACGUGGUGGUGCACAACAUCGCGAAGCGGCACAACGUGGGCACACUAGCCCGGAGUGCCACGGCCUUCGGUGUCUCCGAACUUAUCCUAGUGGGCCGCAGGGACUUCAACGCCUUCGGAAGCCACGGUUCCACCUCCCACCUCCGCUUCCGCCACUUCCAUUCCCUCCCUGACGCCCGCCAAUUCCUCAAGGAAAAAGAUUGUGAUAUUUGUGGGGUGGAGAUUACGGACACUGCUAUGGCCGUCAAUCAGCAUCCUUUCAACAAGAGCACUGCUUUCCUACUCGGAAACGAAGGAACAGGGCUUUCUGCCAAAGAAUGUGAAAUAUGUGACUUUUUUGUUUAUAUCCCACAAUACGGGUUUGGUACUGCUUCAUUGAAUGUUACAGUAGCGGCUUCUAUUGUAUUGCAUCAUUUUGGAGUUUGGGCUGGCUUCCCCGAGAGAACCCGUGAUGGGAACAAGUAUGUUGUGGCUGAGAGACCCGUUAAACAGGGGAGGCGAAACUACUGUGCAGAAACAGCUGAUACCAUAAUUGAAGAGCGUAAAUCUAGAAGGGAAAAUGCUUCCAAUGGUUUCUUUGAUGAGAGCAGAAAUAGCAAUUCAGCUUCUAACCUUCUGGAUGUGUUGUUCGGUGAUGAUUGAUUCAAUGGAGUUAAGUAUUUGAUAAGAUUGGCAUGGCAUCAUAAAGCAUCGAGAACAGUGUGGGUUGUUGUGGGUCUACAUUGCCUUUCAACUAUUUCUUCUAAACAGAAAGAAACAGCUCAUGCGUAAGCAGUGACUCGAGAAAAGUCUAUUGCUAGAGAAUUAUUUUAACUAGUUGAGAGUGAGAGAAGCUUUUUGAUGGAUGGAUGGAUGGAUGAUGUGUUGUUGCAAAUUGAAUAGGGGACUUUGAUCCAUUUUGGUUGGGAUUAGCUCUCCAUGUAAGAGUAUUGGUAUGAGAAAUUUGUUGAUGAUUCAA